AUGUCGGAUUAUGUACGUUCUUCAACGGCCAGAAUCGGACGUCAGAAUCAAGUUUAUUCGGAAGUUACAGGAGCUCGGCUGGUAGCAGGAUGUGUGUGUUUGAGCAAGGAUAAAACCCAGGUCCUGAUGGUUCAAUCAUCUGCACACAAGCAGAAAUGGGUUCUGCCCAAAGGUGGAGUUGAAAACGACGAAAAUGACUUUCGAAUCACCGCAAUGCGUGAAACGUGGGAAGAAGCAGGUGCCAUUGGUCAAAUAGUCAAAUCUUUGGGUUCAAUCGAAGAUAUGAGACCACCUAAGGAGUGGAACAAAAACCUGAAAAAUUUCGAACAAGCUUUGAGCGAUUCGGACGUCAACAAACAUCCUCCACGCUCAGAAUUCCAUUUCUACGAAAUGAUAGUGGAUACUCUGGCUGAAGAGUUCCCAGAGAGACACAAGCGAGACCGGAAAUGGUUUAGUUACGAGGACUGCAAGCGGGAACUCUUGAGAGCCAAAAGACCUGAACUUUUGGAGGCUCUUGAUCGUUCGAACAUUGUCAGGAAAUUGAGCUGA